AUGACCGGCGCGCUUGGAACGCAACACCACGAGCUGCACUUUUGCACCACCAUGCUGCGCUUCGUAGUUUGGGAGAACGUCGCCUACGGUCGCAAGGCGGUAGUGCUUGAGCGGGUUAAAGGCAUUGCUGGGAAGAACCGAGCGCCAAUGCCACCAGUGUGUCGUGGCCUUGUAAAAAUAGACACCACCAUUCCGUCGACCUACGCCCAGAGCGAGCGCGGCGGGCUCCCGACGGGUAAACCUGAAUAA